AUGGCAGACACGUUGGAGAAGAAGCCCGAGAACAGGCAGGCUGUUGAGUCCGUUGCUGAGGGUGCCGUGGAUGAAGUUGACAAGGCCUUUCAGUUCGCGAAAGAGCACAAUGUCGGGCCAUUGACUGAGGCCGAGAACAAGCGCAUCCUGCGCAAGAUUGACCUGCAUCUUUUGCCUCUUAUGGUCAUCACUUACACCCUCAAUUUCAUGGACAAGAAUGCCUUGUCCUAUUCAGCCAACUUCGGUCUUAUUGAUGACCAUGUUGACACGCCAAAGAAUUUGCAUGGAGACCAGUACAGCUGGGCUUCUGGCUCUGUUUUCUAUCUGGCAUACAUGGUAUCGCAGCCAUUUGUCGCUCGGUUGAUUGUGCGCUUCCCCGUCGGUCGCUUCGUGGCAUGUGCCACUGUCCUGUGGGGUGCGGUCCUGAUGACGAUGCCGGCGUCUCGCGAUUUCGCAAGCCUGAUGACUAUCCGUGCCAUCCUGGGCUGUCUCGAGUCCUGCAUCAACCCCGCAUUCAUCGUCAUCUCCUCCCAGUGGUGGCUCCGCGAUGAGCAGCCACUGCGCAUCACAUUCUGGUAUCUGGGCAAUUCCAUCGGCCAGGUUUGCGGCGGCCUUCUCGGCUACGGAAUUGCGCAUAUCAACUCGUCAACUGUGCCGAACUGGGCGUGGUUCUUCAUCAUCUUUGGAGCCAUAACCGUCGUGUACGGCUGCUUCCUGUUCUUCUAUCUGCCCGACUCCCCCAUGAAUGCCCGGUGGCUGUCUGAACACGAUCGGGCCCUUGCCAUCGAACGCGUACGCAGUAACCGUACCGGUGUGGAGAACCACGUGUGGAAGUGGUCACAAUUCAAGGAGUGCAUCAUGGAUAUUCAGUGCUGGAUGCUCGUUGCUACCUUCUUCCUGGACGACAUCCCCGCGGGGGGUGUCGCCUCGUUCGGCAGCAUUGUCGUCAAGGGUUUCGGGUACAGCACGCUUUACUCCACUCUCCUUCUGGUUCCUCUCGGUGUCAUUCAGGCCAUAUGCAUCAUCUUUGGAGGAUUCAUGACAAGCAAGUUCAAGAAUAUCAGGACAUGGCUCAUUGCUGGAUGCCAAAUCCCGGCCCUCAUUGGUGCAGUCCUCCUCUACACCCUCCCCCGAGAGAACCAGCGUGGUCUUCUUGGGUCUUACUACAUCGUGCAGACGCACGGUAUCGUCGGCACAUUGACCAUGUCUCUCGUUUCAAGUAACUUUGCGGGCUACACCAAGAAGGCCACCGCCGGCGCCAUGAUGUACGUGGCUUUCUGUGUCGGCCAAGUCAUUGCUCCACAGCUAUUCCUUGCCGAGGAGGCGCCAGUGUAUGAGACAGCAUUCCGAGCAUCAUUCGUCUGCUUUGCCCUAUGCAUUGUCUUCACCAUCGCCCUGAGGUACUACUUGAUCUGGGAGAACAAGAAACGUGAUCGCAUGGCCGCGGAAGUAACAGAGGCUGCAGUGGAACAAGACGAGUUCCUAGACCUCACAGAUAAGCAGCAGAAGGUCAUCUUCCGUUAUGUCAUGUAA